AAAGAUCGACCACAGAGACUAAAUGUAGGCCCCAGCCCAGGACCUAAAAGCCCACCUGUCAGGCCAAAGACGCUUAGCACUAUAUAAACAAGAGAAAGAAAAGCUUGUUCUGGGGUUGGAAGAUUGAAGACUAAAAGAGCAUAUAGAUACAUAAAGAGAACAUGUCGUCUUCUGAUGACGAGUCUUCAAAAGGAGUUGUCUUUGCACUCAGGCGAUUUGAAGCCUUCAGGUCAAUGAGGGUACACACUCAAAGAGCACGCCAAGCAAAAGCCGAGAGUAUUGAGAAGAAAAAAAGGAUGCCGCCUAUUCUUAUGAAGCUGUGCCCUAGUACGAUUGACCCAAAUGAAGAUUGUUUUGCAAUGACUCUUGAUGUUAGUCCUAAAUUCGGAUCUUCCGGCGUCAUCCCAUGCCCACCCCCACCCCCGUACCUGCCCACCGACAUGCCCACCCCUAGGAAUCCCAGUUUCUUCGAUCCAAUGCUUUGUCUCAACAUCAGGUCCGAUGAUUUCAGCGAAGCUUUAGUCUUUUACAUAGAGGCCUUUGGGGCUGAGGACCAGUCUGAUAGCACCGAAGCUAUACUCAAGAUCGGUGCACAAAAAUUUGUCAUAUUUAGCACCUUACACAACUACUUGACUCCAGAUGGAGCUCUUUUCUCUCUCUCUACCGAUGAUGUUGAUAGUGUUGUCGACAAGGCUCUUAUGGAGGGUGCUACUUUGUUGGGAAAACCUGUGCAGGUGUAUAGCAAAUGUCAGGUCUGGUGCAAAUUGGUCAAAAUAUAUGAUCCGAGUGGUAAUCUAUGGAUCAUCCACUCCAGGAAGUUAUGUUCAACUUGUCUGCAAUCCUUUGUGUUGGUGAUAUAGUUAUUAUCACGCCAAAAAUUUUUUGUAAACAGCAAUAUUUUUUGAUUUUUCUUUCUAGUUAUGUCUAGAUUGAGAAAUGACUUGUGAAAUAUGAACUAUCAUGUUUCCAUCUUGUAAAACUUUUAACAACUUAAUUUGUGACUACCAUUAUUAGUGGUAAAUUAUCAUAUGAUUUGCUCUGCUUUUUAUUUUUA